AUUUUUAUGGGAUUCAUACGUUGAGCAGGUGGCUUGAAUGAGUUCCAACUUUAAACAUUUCAAAACUUCAUUCAUCAAGUAAAAACCACACUCAUACAUCUGGCUAGCGUUGGCUCUCGUAUGAAUCGCCUAAAUUACUUCGCUUUGCUUUAUAAUUAAGACCAAGAUUGGGGGCAUAUGGCAACCAUCUCACCCCUAUCCGAACAACAAAAAUGAUAUAUUCCGAUGCUCACCAAUGUCCAUCCAGCAGCUGCCGGACCAUGUCAUUGCCCAAAUCAAAUCAUCUACCACCAUAACAUCGCUCAACGGUGUCGUCUGUGGCUUAAUUAAGAAUUCUUUAGAUGCUGGAGCUACUAAAAUCACCAUUUCUAUCGACUACAAUCGAGGCAAUUGCUCCGUUGAGGAUAAUGGCUUAGGAAUACCGCCCGAUGAGUUCGGGCCUACAGGUGGCCUGGGAAGACCACAUUAUACCUCUAAAUAUCCUGCUCGCGGAGAUACUCACGGCCGAUACGGUGCCUUUUUAGCAUCUGUAGCUGCUCUAUCCUUGUUGUCUAUUACUUCGCACCAUCAUAAUUAUCAUUCUCACAAUUCAAUCAAAAUCCACAACGCCGAAGUUCUAGCGCGGCAUACUCCUUCGCUACCAGAGCAGAGGUUAUUGAGCUUUCCUCAUGGAACACGGACGACCGUUCGAGACCUUUUUGGUUCUAUGCCUGUGAGGGUGAAACAAAGGGCUAUCGAUGCUGAGAGAGGUCUUAAUGCUAAGGAUUGGGAGCACCUCAAACGCGCUCUUGUAGCGUUAUUACUUGCUUGGCCAGGUCAAGUUUCCAUACCACUACGCGAUUCCAUAGACCAGCGUAGCAUUACGCUUCGCACACCCGAAGAACCCCCAGCUUCACGGGACAAAUUACAUGAUAUCAUUGGCCUAACCACACGCGUUUCGAGGAUAUUUUUCCAGGCUCAGCUAUGCGACGAUCGCUCUCGAGACUUGUGGGUACCCCUCAAGGCAUCCGCGGGUUCGGUCUCAGUUGUAGGUGCUAUUUCUCUAGCUCCGGUAGCAUCUCGAAAUAUGCAGUUUAUCAGCAUAGGUGUACGACCGGUAUCCAACGACCACGGAUCAAAUGUUCUCUAUGAGGAAGUUAAUAGACUUUUCGCCAACUCGAGUUUUGGCGUGGAGGAUGAGGGCGGCGAGCUCAAUGAACAUGAACAAAAUAGGAGAGCCAAGGACCGCCGAUUCAAAACGGAAGGGUUUACUAACCAAGAGCUUAAGGGCAGAAAAGGUGUUGACAGAUGGCCUAUGUUCCAUGUCAAAAUCGAAGUGGGGCAACAUACUUCUCGCUUCGCCGAACGUGAUGUGGAAGAAAUCCUAGAUGAGCGCAACGAGAGCUUGAAAACGAUUAUUGAAGUUCUGACUGCGGUAAUCUACGAAUUUCUGAAGGCAAAUCAUUUUCGCCCAAAAUAUUAUAGACCCCGCAGAAGUACUGCAUCUAGACGGUCGGAUUCCCGCGACGAGCGCAGCAAAUCGUUAUCCAGAAGCUCUACACCAAAAACGGAUUCUCAAACAGGCUGCAGUCAUACUCCUCGGGGCAGUCUAUCCAUCGGUGACUUAGCUAGUACGCGCCUCAAUCUUGCCUCUAAUAAUCGCCUCCGACCGGAGUCCCCAUUUGACUCGUGGACCCGUGUAAAGUCAGGACAGCCUCAAUAUGCACAUCUGCAUGAUAAGUCUCCCAAUCCAGAGGCUACUUCGGAAAGUGGCCAAUCGAAAUCCGGGUCUCAGAUAGGAACAGGACGCCCGAGUAACGAUGGCGAUGCGUUGGAUACACCAUUGGUUGCUCCGGAUGGUACGCUACUACGCAUUCCAUUUCUUGACGUGGACAUGGAAGGGCGUGACGCCGGCUCGAAGAAUACAUUCGAAGAAGACAAUCUUAACGAAGAUAAACAGCAAAUACAAGAGGGCGAAGAAGUACUAUGGACCAAUCCAGCCAGUAGGGAGACAUUCGCCGUCAAUUCUAGGAACGGCUUAGUGAUUCGAUCCGUCAGGAGUAAAACCGAUGGAAACGGUGCAAUUGAUAACUUACAUCGCCCACCGAUAAGAAAAAAGCUACGAACAAAUACAAGGCCAGUUCCUAAAGACGAGAGGAGCCAAUGGUUAGGAGAUCUCUUAGCCUCUUGGAAUAAUCCUGUGUUCCAGUCGCAAGAGCCACCGAUUCCGAUGGCUUUUGAUGAAGCGAAGGUGUUAGCACUAGCAUCUAAAGCAUCGGAUGGCUGUUGUCAUGGUUUGAGUUCCAAAACACUCGACUUCAUCCAGGCUUCUCAGAGCGUUGAGGGCCGGUUAACUAAGGAGAGCUUACGAUAUGCCAGUAUCAUAGCACAGGUUGAUUACAAGUUCAUACUCGCUAAAGUCCCUCUGUCAACAUCGCUUCAAUAUCCGAAUAAAAGUGAGGACAUAAAUCCGACAUUACUCAUCGCUAUUGACCAGCAUGCUGCGGAUGAACGUUGCCGAGUCGAAGCCCUAAUGAAGGAUUAUUUUAUGAUUGCAGAAGAUCUUCAAGAUGGAACAACGGGACAGCGGCGGCAACUAAUCUGUGCCCAAGCUGAGUUACUUGAGAGUCCUAUUAUAUUUGACAUCUCUGUCCAAGAUUGUCGUCAAUUCGAACGUUCCGCCGAGUAUUUCCAACAUUGGGGAAUUGUGUUUCGCGUCAUAUCAAUACUAAAAUCUGAGCUUGAUAGCAAGCGAACGGCCAAGUUAAAGGUCGUUAAGCUGCCACCUAGCAUAGCAGAACGAUGCCGCUCGGAACCUCGAUUGCUCAUUGAAUUAUUAAGAAAGGAGGCGUGGAAAUUCGACGAGCAAGGGUUCAGUGCCUCUCAACCUACAGGAUCGCAGGUUGCCCAAGAUGAUGAUGACAACUCUACAGGAAUACAUUGGCUAUCAAGACUCCAUGGGUGUCCGCAGGGUAUUCUAGAGAUGAUCAACUCCAGGGCCUGUCGUAGUUCUAUCAUGUUCAACGACCUUCUUUCGCCCGAGGCGUGUAUUGACUUGGUAGAGCGGUUAGCUAACUGUGCCUUACCUUUUCAAUGCGCACAUGGUCGACCUUCUAUGGUGCCUCUAGUCGAUAUAGGGAAUAGUCCUAUGAGCGUUGAGGAUACUGGGAAGUCUGAGAGUAGCUUUGGCCAGGCCUUUAAAGGGUGGAGGUCUAGUAUGGGCAAUUGAUGGAAGCGAAUAUUUGAUCUCCGGAGUUCUUCUAUAUAUUUACGCAAGACAUAAUGGUAUCCCUCGUUUUGUUCUUUCUAUUCUGUUCUUUCCUAGGACCACUUCAAAGGGAGAUGAAGAUAUUCCGGUUGGGAGAUACUAUCUAGUAUAAGAAUCUGCAAAUAGACGAUAUGCACCUACGAGCAAGGUUAUGUAAACAACAUUUUGAUUGGCUAAUAUUCUGUAGCACUUAAGUGGAAAUACCUAGGUACAAUAUGACCUAAUUUUAUCGAUAAAGCA